GGUUUCGUUGGGUUACGUCAUAUGUUUUCCUCCUUCACGCGGCACAUCUCCCGGCUAGACAGCAGAGGCGGAAUCGUGGAACAUGGCAGACGAGGAAGACUCAGCGCCGGAGCCUGCCGCUGUCUCUCCGCCGGAGAGCCCUCACACUGAGCGCCCUCACACUGUCUCUUUCUCCGAGAGUGUCCAGCCGGCCGUCGGGAUGAUGAGCCAGCUCCUAACGCAGCCCUCCUCCCUCAAGUUUGACAAAAACAUCAAACAGGCCUUCUACAACACGGGGGCGAUGAUCUUUGUGGCUAUCUGUUGCGGGGCUGCUGUGCUGGUUUACUUUAUCCUGGAGGCCUUCCUCCGCCCGCUGCUUUGGGCAGUACUCUGCGGCACCUUCCUCCACCCCUUCAAGUACUCCCUGGCCCGGCUCGGCCGCUCAUGGCUCUCCGGCCUGCAAGACACCGGGACGCCCAUCCUGGUGGGCACCCUGUUGGUCCCGGUGUGGUGCGUAAACUACGGGGUGGAGGCGAUGGGCAGGCUGGUGCUGGAGAGGCUCACGGUGCUGCUGGUGAUCGGGGCCGGGGCGCCGCUAGUUUACUUCCUCUACCUUUCCUGGAGCGUCACCGGCAUGCAGGUGAUCCUCGGGCACGCCUGUGGAAUCAUCGGGGCCGCGCUGGACUGUUUCCACGCUAUGUGGGUGUGCACUGUGGUGUUUGGCUACUUGUUGGCAGUUUGUUUCAAGUGGAGUCCCCAAACCGAGCGCUACCUGAAGGCUCUGGCUCUUCCUGUCUGGGCCGCCCUGCUCUUCUAUAUUGUGUCUCUGACCGGCUCAUGGAGAGUGCCCAUAUUUGUGGUUGUGGUUAUACUCCUCAUCGUCGGCUCCCAAGAGAAACCACCUGUCUCUGGAAGAGGAGAGCUGUCAGGGCAGGUGUUGUCAUUCGCUGCUAAUACUAUUUACAUGGCAAUCUCCUGUAGCAACCUUCAGCUGAAAACUGAGUCCAGUGAAAACUCUACCACAGAUGGUGUUCAGUCUGUGGGCCCCAUUCCUGCCACCCCUGGGUUCCCUCGGGGCUCUCGAUCAUUACCAGCUGGCCUCUUCCAGAAAGAGAAAAGCUCCCACAGAGCCAGUGAUAUCUACUUUAUUCUACUGGUUUGGGCCAUAGUUCUGGUUCAGGUCUGGCUCAACCUCUGGAUCCUACAGCUUCUGCCUAUCCCUGUGGCUGUGUGGGUGCUGAAGAAGCUGAUGGUCCACUUUGGCCUGAAGAGCUUUGCUGAGCGGACUCUUACCUCGUGGUGGAUGGGGCUGGAGAAGUUCGGACGAGAGCGAGAGGAGGCCCUGCUGCCUGGACCAAUCAAAGGCCUGGCUCAGUUCCUGCUUCGCACUGACACCAAGCUCUGGCAUUGGCUUAACAAGCAGAUGAUCGUGUGGUUGGAGCGAUCUCUGGAUAAAAUCAUCAGCAUCUUUAUCAUCUUCCUCCUGGUCACAGGGACCCUCCUCAUGGCGCUGCUGCUGACUGCUAUGGUCCAUCAUGAGAGUGUUCACAUCAUUGAGGUAACCAGUAACCUCAUCAAUGAGACUGUGUCUAAUCAUCCAGAAUGGGCAAAUUGGCUUCCAGAGGCUCGUGUGGUCCAGAGGGCUCUCAAUUCAGCUGCUACUAAUGUUUAUCAACAUGGGAGAGAAUGGAUAACACAAAAGCUUCAUAAGAUGUUAGGAGACAAGGUGAACCACACAGCAGUGAUUGAGAAACAAGUUUUGGAGCUUUGGGACCGACUGUACCACUCCUGGUUUGUGAAGAACGUGACCCACUCUGGACGGCACCGUGGUCAGAAGAUAAUGGCUCAGAGACAGAACAGCUGGUUAGUGGACAUCCUGGACUGGAAGGACAUCGCCUCAUUUCUACAGGAAAAUAUUGAAACUCUGCUGUCUAUCCUGGAGUCUCUGUGGGUGGUAAUGAGUAGGAAUGUUGGCCUCCUCAUCUCCACCACAACCACCCUCUUCACUGUCUUGUUCCACAGCGGCACGGCUCUACUCAACUUUGCUCUGAGUCUGGUGAUUUUCCUGACCACUCUCUUCUACCUGCUGAGCUCCAGUGGUGAAUAUUACAAACCUGUCAAAUGGGUGAUCAGCCUGACCCCUCUCUCCCAGCCAGGACCCUCCUCCAAUAUCAUAGGCCAGUCUGUGGAAGAGGCCAUCAGAGGAGUGUUUGACGCCUCUCUGAAAAUGGCCGGCUUCUACGGCCUCUACACUUGGCUCACUCACACCAUCUUUGGCAUCAACAUCGUUUUCAUUCCUUCUGCUCUGGCUGCCAUCCUGGGUGCGGUACCGUUCCUGGGAACCUACUGGGCAGCGGUGCCGGCAGUGUGUGACCUGUGGUUGGCACAGGGCGAAGGCGUCAAAGCCGUGCUGCUGCUGAUCUGCCAUCUGCUUCCGACAUAUUUUGUAGAUACAGCGAUCUACUCUGAUAUCUCUGGUGGUGGACACCCCUAUCUAACAGGUCUAGCGGUGGCAGGUGGAGCGUACUAUCUGGGACUGGAGGGUGCCAUCAUUGGGCCCAUCCUCCUUUGCAUCCUGGUGGUUGCAGCCAACAUCUACAGUGCCAUGCUAAUGAGCCCCAGCUCUGCAGUGCCCACACCGGUGCAGUCAACCUGGCCUGUCCACUCCAUCAGGACCUUCACAGACUCUACCCCGUCUGUCCUGAAGAAGGCCAGUGAGUGAGAGCAAGAGGGCGAGUCCCUGUGGAACGUCAUCUGGCUAUUGGCCGAUUCCUCAGGGGAAGUGCUCCCCUCCCUGAAGCUCCACCAUACACCGCCCAGCUCUACAGGAUUCAGCCCCGACCAAGAGAAGAUGGCGGUGUAAUGGCUGGUCACCUGUGAUGCCGUCUGCUUACCAGAGCGCACGCCCUUGAUCCCAAACAUGGACCAAUGAUAUCACAUUGGGCUUUAUGAAUAUGAACGAUGGAGACAUUGAUGCUAAUCACAUCAUCUUUCAGGACUCAGUGCCUAAAUUGAUUUUGUAAUGUUGACAAAUGACUAAAAUUUUCAUGUGAUUUGUGAAUUGUAAGAUGAUAUAUUUUAUCUAACGGCCCCUAAUUUACCCUGCACACCCUAACUGUGUUUAAGCAACAGUAUAUGGUUAUGCAGUAUUUGUACUCCCUACCUCUCUCCUCGUGGAGGCUCAAAUAGAAUUUAUAGUGAAAGCUGGCCACAAAAGUCCUCACGCCUGGCUCAAGAGAACGAGUUAAUGACUCUCUGUAGUUUAACUUAAUGUGUUCACGUUUCAGUGGUAGUAGCUGUGAGUCUGCAUCACUAGUUCUCUGCUUUAACAAAGAUGUAUACUCUUGCUGGCCUGAACCAGGCUUUUUAGUAUUUUGUUAAUGGCUAAAGGUUUAGACUAAGGUUUUAGCCCUGCACUCUGUGCGUUCAGGGCAUCUGGUCUGAGUCUGAAAAUUGACAGAUUCUGUUUUCUACAUUUUUAAUUUAUUUCAAGCUUAAAGAUUGUUAUGUAACACACUGUGAGUGCAACUACAACCAAGCUUUUCAUUUUUAACCCAUCUGCCAGUAUUGAAGGACGUUUACACUCAGAAGACCUUGAUAAGUCUGACUGAGUAUUUUUGUGAGCACUUUUCAACUUUUGGUAUGCCUGUGACUUACAUCCCUAUCACAAUUUUAUCAGUGGUUCAGACCUCAAACACCUCACAUCCCUUAGCAAUGUCUUGUAUACAUAUAAUUUUUACUCACCUCCUCCGUUCUUGCACUUGUCCACCCCAUACGUUACAGUCAGAGCACUUUUUUGAAAGGAGAAUAUGAAGUAGUUUAUAUUGCUUGAAGCUUUAAUGAACGGGCUGUACAGGUGAACUGUGUAUGUAAUGUGACACAUUGAUCAUUCAUGGCUACUGUGUUAGCUACUGGAGGGUGAGAGUGUGGUGAUGUGGUCUGGGUUGGAACAAGCGUGUAAUUUAGCAAUGGUUUCAGUGUUGAACUAAAAUACUGUCAUUUUAAGUUUCAUACUGUUGCUGGGUUUUUUUUAUUACUUGUUAUGCACUGACAAAAUAAACAUUAUCAUUUGA